AUGUCGGGCUUUAUCGCCUUCGUUCUGCUCAUUACGGGCAUGGGCGUGGGCACGCUCGUUUGCGGUCUACUCCCGCUUUCACUGUCAUUAUCGCACCGAAUCAUGCGCCUUCUCGAAGUCUUUGGAGCUGGUCUUCUUGUCGGUGCUGCUGUCACUGUCGUUAUACCCGAGGGCUCGAGCGCUCUCUUCUCCAAUGUCACUCCAGCCCCAGCAGGGCGCAGUACAAGCAGCAAUGCGUUCGUCAAUGUACUUCAUCCACCAAGCGCUUUCAGCCCAGCAGCACCGAUCCAAGCAUUACAAGCAGGACAACAGGCCGGCCUUGCACAACAAGAGGGGUUGUGGGCUUGGUCAUUCAUCACAAAGCGAUCCGAGGAUGAUCACGACCAUGAGUCCGAGCAUGACCAUGAUCACGACAACGAAAAGUCAUUCACACAAUCAGACGCAGAGCAUCGUCUUGGGUCUAGCAUUCUCCUUGGCAUCGUCUUGAUGUAUGUCAUUGAUCAGUUCACUUCGGGUGCAAACAGCUCCUCUUCUACUGCCGGCAAAGCAGAAGACAACUCUUCGUCCGGCCAUCACCACCACCACAACGAGUAUCCGGCACCUCCACAACGGCCACGUCUCGAAACACAUCGUCUCUCUAAAUCCUUCCAUCAGAAGACCGACCGCGCGUCAACCCCAAGUACCCUGCACAAGGUCAGCAGCAAAGCCUCAUUCACCGUUUUUGAUCGCGCACAGCACGGCAUCACCGAGGACGAUGAAGAGGCACGCAUUGACACUGCUGAUAUCCAGGAUGGCUCCACUCGCGACCCUCAUCGUCGCAUACACAGCACAGCCACCAGUUCAAGCAACAGCGACAGCGACUUGCCUGCAGAUUACGACGACCACGGCCAGCACGCUGAUCUCAAACAUCUCUCUUCUAGUCAUGGUGCACCUACAGCCGACUGGCACGCUUCUCCACCCAGCAGCACCACCCUCCAUCGCGACGCCAACCACGAUUCCUCUUCAGCCGGCGCACCACUCUUGCACCGCCACAGUUCAUUCACCAGCGUCUCCUCCCGUCGUACUCACUCUGGCAGCAGCUCUUCCUUCUCCCAAGCCCUUACCACCGUCGUUGGCUUACUCAUCCACGCAACAGCAGACGGUAUUGCAAUGGGAGCAUCAGCUCAAUCACGGGAUCAAACCCUCACUAUGGUUGUCUUUGUUGCUAUCAUGGUUCACAAAGCUCCUGCUGCCUUUGGAUUAUGUGCGAUGCUCAUGUCUCAGCGUUUGUCGAGGACGUCGAUUCGAAAGGCAGUGGCGAUUUUCGCAUUUGCUUCUCCGUUGGGGGCCAUCUUGACUUAUGGGCUGUUGGCGUUGUUUUUUGAUUCAGGCGUGGUCAGUGCCACGGAUGGCGGUGCAGAAGCAGCGCAGGGUGGGAUCGAUGAGAAGAGUAUUGGUACCGCACUAGCUUUCUCCGGUGGUACAUUUUUGUUUGUUGCUUUCCACGCAGUCUUGGAGUUGGCUGGAGUCGAGGCUGACACAGUGCCGAAGCAAGGUGAGGAUGGGGGCGAGACGCAGAUUCUGGGCAAGUGGUUGAGGAUAGGAUUGCUGAUUGCGGGCUCUUGUACACCGAGGUUGCUGCAAUCUAUAUUGGCUGGGUUGGAUGGUGGUGGACACCAUCAUUGA